AAUAUCCUACUGGAUAUUCAAAAAUGUUGCUCUCAUUCCACUCUCACUCAUCAUCUCCGCCCAAACUACCCCACUCAUCGGAAAAGUAUUCAACGGAGCUCCGUUUCUCCGCUCUCCGGCGACACUCUCCACGCUUAUCUCCGCUCAAACAAUCCAACUAUCGCCGAAUUUUCACGACACGUACCGAAAACAACAAGCUGAGCAUAUCAGCUUCGUUGUCUGACAAUGGAAGUCCUGCGACGUCGUUUGAUUACGAUCUCGUCAUUAUUGGCGCUGGCGUUGGCGGCCACGGAGCUGCAUUGCACGCCGUCGAGAAGGGUUUGAGAACUGCGAUAAUCGAGGGAGAUGUGAUUGGGGGAACUUGCGUAAAUCGAGGAUGUGUUCCUUCUAAAGCUCUUCUCGCUGUUAGUGGAAGGAUGCGUGAACUCCAGAAUGAGCAUCAUCUCAAGGCGUUAGGCUUGCAGGUUUCUGCUGCUAGUUAUGAUAGGCAAGGAGUGGCAGAUCAUGCAAACAAUCUUGCCUCCAAAAUUCGUAACAAUCUGACUAAUUCGAUGAAGGCUCUUGGUGUGGACAUAUUGACAGGUGUGGGCACAAUUUUGGGCCCUCAGAAGGUAAAAUUUGGAGGAGUUGGGCUUUCUGACAAUGUGAUAACGGCAAAGGAUAUAAUCAUUGCUACAGGUUCUGUUCCUUUUGUCCCCAAAGGCAUUGAAGUUGAUGGAAAGACUGUGAUAACUAGUGAUCAUGCCCUUAAAUUGGAGUUCGUUCCUGAAUGGAUAGCUAUAGUAGGAAGUGGCUACAUCGGGCUAGAGUUCAGCGACGUGUAUACAGCACUUGGUAGCGAGGUCACAUUUAUAGAAGCUUUAGAUCAGCUUAUGCCUGGUUUUGAUCCUGAAAUAAGCAAGUUAGCCCAACGUGUUCUGAUAAAUCCACGGAAAAUCGACUAUCAUACUGGAGUCUUUGCAACCAAGAUUACUCCAGCAAGGAAUGGUCAUCCAGUCAUUAUUGAGCUCACUGAUGCCAAGUCAAAGGAGCCAAAAGAUACUCUUGAGGUUGAUGCAGCACUAAUAGCAACUGGGAGAGCUCCAUUUACCAAAGGUCUUGGGUUGGAAAAUAUCAAUGUAGCGACACAGCGUGGUUUUAUUCCUGUAGAUGAGCGCAUGCGAGUAAUUGAUGAAAAGGGCAAUUUGGUUCCUCACGUGUAUUGCAUUGGUGAUGCAAAUGGUAAAUUGAUGCUGGCUCAUGCAGCAAGUGCUCAAGGAAUUUCUGUUGUUGAACAAGUCAGCGGAAAAGAUCAUGUGCUCAACCAUCUGAGCAUCCCUGCAGCUUGUUUCACUCAUCCAGAAAUCAGUAUGGUUGGACUAACAGAGCCUCAAGCCAAGGAGAAGGCUGAGAAAGAGGGAUUUAACAUAAGUAUUGCCAAAACAAGUUUCAAGGCCAACACAAAAGCCCUCGCAGAAAAUGAAGCAGAAGGACUUGCCAAGUUAAUAUACAGGCCUGACAAUGGGGAAAUUCUUGGAGUUCAUAUAUUUGGGUUACACGCUGCUGACCUCAUUCACGAAGCAUCAAAUGCAAUAGCACUGGGGACUAGAAUCCAGGACAUAAAAUAUGCUGUCCAUGCUCAUCCAACAUUGUCUGAGGUUCUUGAUGAACUCUUUAAGUCAGCUAAGUUGAGCGAUGAAGUAUCAUCUAGUUCCGCAAGACAACCUGUUGCAGUAUAAAGUUUAGCUUCAGCAUAGUGGGUAAAUGUAGACUCUUUGAUGUGAAUCUGUCAGUAUAAGAAAGGACAACACUCAACGCAGUGUAGGAUCAAGCUCUUACAUACCUCAAUAUUGGCAAACUCAGAUUUAGGACGCUGCUGCAAUAUUAAGGACCAUGAGUAGCCGAUUUUCGGGUUUAGGUGGAGGAGUUGCUAUGCUGAUGUAAAGACCGUGUCAACCUCUUGAAUUUGUUUUAGUAGCAGUAUUCCCUUGGCUGUUGAGCACAUAUUUCUUAUUCUAUAAUGUUAUAGUUUCUCGUUUCUUUA